AUUAUAUUGCACCAAAGAAAUUUGUUUCUCUCCCUCUCCAUCUCUCGCUAGCUACUUCAAUUCUCUGUAUAUUAUUUAAUUUCUACAAGCUUUAGUCUCUCUUAGCUUUCGCUAGCCAGUGAUGGAGGAGAUAAUUGUUGUUAAUAAUAAUAAUAAAGGGGGGCAGAAGGUAGAAGAAGAAGCACUGGAUUUCAGUGUGCAAGAGAAGCACAAGAUUGAGCUCCUCAGAGCUCUUCUUCACAAACGAGCUGACGACCCUCCUUUUCAGGCAGUUGAUGAUUACACCUUGAGAAGGUUUCUUCGUGCGCGUGAUCUGGAUGUUGAGAAAGCUGCAACUAUGCUGAUAAAAUACCUAAAAUGGAGAAGUGCAUUUGUGCCCAGCGGUAACAUCUCGCCGUCGGAAGUGCCCAACGAGAUAGCGCAGAAGAAGAUGUUCAUGCAAGGAGUGGAUAAACAAGGGCGCCCCAUCGCCGUUGUUUUCGGUGGUAGGCACAUCCAAAACAAUAAAGGCGGCCUUGAUGAAUUUAAACGUUAUGUGGCUUUGGGGUUGGACAAAUUGUGUGCAAGGACGUCUCCGGGCAAGGAAAAGUUUGUGGUGAUAGGUGAUCUUCGCGACUUUGGGUAUGGUAACAGUGAUAUUCGGGGAUACCUUGCUGCUCUAUCGAUCCUACAGGACUUCUAUCCAGAAAGACUUGGAAAGCUGUUUAUUGUUCAUGUGCCAUACCUGUUCUGGACAUUGUACAAGGUUGUGCACCCUUUCAUCGAUGCUAAUACCAAGAAGAAGAUCGUUUUUGUUGAAAAUAAACGGCUGACAUCAACAUUGCUGGAAGACAUUGAAGAGAGCCAACUCCCAGAGAUCUAUGGAGGCAAACAGUCCUUGGUCCCCAUACACGAAGCCUAGUUGCAGAUUGUUGACCUAAAAAAGUAUUGCAAACUGCAUGUCACAACAAAAGAAUAAUAAAUAUGUUACACAUAGAUAUAUGGCCGUGACAAAAUGAAGGUAAAAAAAAUGUGACAAGCUCGAUGUUUCUGUCACCCCAAAAUUCGUGGCAAUAAUAGUGUAUGUGUUUCAACGGUGAUGCAGAGCAGGGAGAAAAACUAGUGAAGUUGGGAUUGUGGACAUUUCUAUAUCUGAUUAAUUGUAGGAGAUAUAUAUUUGUUUAAUUUUAUAAGAUCGAAAUCUUUUGUAUUUUCGUACUAUUCUAUUAUUAAUAAUAAUAUCGGUCCCGCAGUUCAAGUUGUUUCACUGUUUGAACUAAAUUAAGGCUAGAGUCCGUAUAAUCAAAUUAGUGAAAUAAAUUAUAUUCAUAGCUCAUAUGGAUUCAUUUAUAACGUAUAAUUAC